AUGUGAUGCUGAUCGCUGAUUGGCUGAAGSGGUUUGUGGCGCAGAAAUCAAACUCUUGAAAUCAAACAUGGAAAACGCCAUCAAACAAUGUUGACUGCCUAAAUUUUGCCUUAAUUUUCCCAAAAAUCUCUCGCGAUUAUCAUGAGUUCAGCAGAAAUCAAGCAAAAAAAGACUCCAAAGAACACUAUGAAGCAAUUUUCUACUCUUCCAAGCUGUUUUUUAACGCCAGAAAGCGACGAAAAGCCUCACAGUUUUGGAAGAGUCACCCCAACACAAGAUCAGUCUUCGUCUGUAUUUCUGAGUCCUCCUCCGUCUUUGGAAAGGAAAUCCUUACCAAACUUUGGGAUUUCUACUCAUGAAGAUCCACUAAAGCUUGAACUACAUUUUGAUGAUUACCCAACAAGGAUAUCUUCUGAUUUAAGGAGUUUGAGAUCUCCUUUGCUACACGGAGGCAAGAUCGGAAGGACAAGGAUAGAUUUAAUUACAGAAUUAGUACAACGCAACUGCUUCAAGAUAUGUCGAAGUAUUUGUGAAUAUCUGAACGAUCGAGAACUCUCCAGGUUUGCUUCAGUGAGUAAGAGUUGGAGGAGUUUUGUUAAGGAAGAGCCUCAGAUUCGCGAUCGGUUGAGUUUUUAUUUAUUGCAGCGCAAAGAGUAUUGCAUUCUGAAAGGAAAGGAAAAUCUUGGUUCACCUACAAGUGUAAAACCAGACUUGUCUUCACAGCGGAUCAAAAGGACACCCUUGGUAAAUAUUGAUGCGAACAAGGUCACUAUAAGUGUAGCGAAAACAAGCAGGGAAACUCAAUUACCGAUUUUACAGCAACAAAUAUCUACACCUGUAACUAGUCCCUCUGAAAACUUUCGUCCUUGUCCAAAAUGCUGUUCACCGUCUAACUAUGCUAGAGUACUUGGUAGUCAUUGUUGCUGUCAAAGAUGUGGACUUGAAUUUUGUUCGGUGUGUCUGCAAGAUACCAAGACCCAUAAAGAAAAAGUUUGUAGAGGAUUAGAUAACCCAUGUGAGAGAAUAGAAACAAGAAGUAAGACUAGAAGGAAAGGAACAGAAAAUUUGGUAGGGAGUAGAAAGAGUAAAGAACGCAUGCGGCGGUUAUAACAUUUAGAAAAAUGUCGACUACUUAUGACCUUUUUAAGGUUCAAGACUUGAGAUGCACAUACAGUAUGGGCAGGCCCUACAUCACGGAAUGAAAGCAAUGCAUCUUCAAGUGUGAAUAUUCCCUAAUGUAAAUAUCUUAUUUAUAUAACUGUGUAUCAUAUGUAUGAUUGUGUAAAUACUUUAUUUAGAUAGGUAUACUUUUAUCAAAAUUAUCAAUAUAUGUAGUGUCCUAUGCAAGUUCAAGUGAGGUAAAAGCCACAACUAAUUCUCCUUCUAAAUAAGUUUGAUUUGUACUUGUCCUAGCUUUUGGACAGUUAUUUCAACGUCAGGAAUUGAGAUUUAUAUCUUCAAGGUCAUUAGUGAAAUUCCAUUUACAUAGAGAAGACGAAGUUUUUACCUCACAUUUACCUGUGAACUUGUUACUUAAUUGUCAAAUGUUUAACCCUUUUUUAGUUACAUUAAUUUAAAUUUUUUAGUUAGUAAAUUUUUAAAAUAUUACUUAAUGGUCUUAGAUUGUACAAGAGGUAUUUUUAUGACUUAAAACACAAACCAUAGUUCACUAAUUGUAAGUAGUGGAACA